CCGCCAUGUUGUUCGCAAAGGGAUUGAAGAUCGUGAAUGGGCAGAUGCUGCUUGAGGGAUUCUCGGAGGGGAGCAUGGGAGCGGACAUCCAUCCGUAUCCUGAAGGCGAAGAGUCUGGUCUCAUGGACGUCUCCCAGGCAAACACCAAGUUCUUUCAGGCACCAGCGGCAGGUCCCUACGAGUACGACCUUGCCAAGAUCCAGCAGUUUGUUUGAGAGAAUUUGAGAUUGUUUACACGUAAUCAGAUUUAAAGUUCUUGCUCCUG